AUGAUGUUACCAAAUGUUGAUGAUAUUGUACCUUUGAUAUCGAGAUAUAUCUCAGAAUCAACCCCAAGCCCGCAGCACACCAAGAAUCGCCAGGAGGCUAUGAAAUGCUACCAGGUAUGUUGUGGUCAAACCCCAAGCAGUCUCUUAUUUGACGAAACAAUCAAGUCUAUCUGACCAGCUAAUCAAUUAGGCAUGGGUAUCGUAUGCACAUCGUGCUUUCAUCGAUGACGGACUAGUUCUUGAGCCCCUGAAACCCCUUACAAAGUCGACAAUUAUGUGUCUUGCAGACGAAAAUUUAUAUGAAAUUACGAUGGAGCUCUUGUCAGAUGUUCUUCAGACCUAUAGCAGGUUUUUCUCCAAAGAAGAUUUCCAACUACUAUAUUCUCUUUUCAACAGCCCUUGGGCUCAGGAACGAUAUCAACGACUCAUUCAAGGAGACUUUGACUUUGAUUCACUUCAAUUUGGUCUGUUCUCUCUUGCCUUUGGAGAUGCAACACUCCAAGAUUUGACGAAAAAUACGGAGCCCCAAUUCCAACAAUUUCUUUCUGGGCUGGGAGGCCUCCUAGGUGCCGAUGGAUAUCCUGUUCACGAAGAUAGGAUCUUUGUGCCGGCGCUUGAGUUCUGGAACGCUUUUGUGGAAAAUAUGAUUGACGGCGUACACUCUGAGGCCGGACGGGACGCACCAUGGUUCGCAACUGCUCAGAUGCAUGUAAAUUUGGCUAUAGAGAGAUGUUGGCGAAAGCUUCAGUUCCCACCACCAGACGUCUUCAACUCGUGGGAUUCAGUGGAUCGCACGGGCUUCAAAGAUGCCAGAAGAGACUUUGCAGACCUCUUACAGCAGUUUUACCUGGUCACCAGCAUUUCGAUUCUCGACAUAUUCAUCGCAUUGGCGAUCAAAUCUGUCGAGGAGCGGAAUUGGGCUGAACUGGAAACAUCGCUCUACUGCUUAGCAUGCUUUCCUGACAACAUAAGCGAGAAUGAGCCUCGUGAUGAAUACCUAGCAAAGAUAUUCACAGCUCCAUUUUUCUCUCUCUUCGCGAAUCCACCCGAGGAAAUACCAGUUCGGACUAUGCAGUCUUUUCUUCUAUUGGUAGACGGAUAUGCAGAUUACUUUGAAGAAAAUAUGUCGUAUCUGCCAAUAGUGUUGAACAUUGUGUUUGGUGCCUUGUCAUCUCCAGCAUUAAGUUACAAAGCAUCACGCACAAUUCUACGACUAUGUUCCAAUUGUAGGAAGCGUCUUGUUCCUGAGCUAGGUUCCUUUUUACAGCAAUACCAAAACCUUGCUCUCAACUCACCCUUGGAUAAGUAUUCAAAAGAAGCCAUCAUGGAAGGAAUAGCUUCCCUCGUCCAAGCGGUACCUGACGAUGACUCGAAAAUCGCUCCGCUGGACCAGUUACUCAGUUUUGUUGACGCAGAUAUCGAAACCUCAUUUCGUGUUAUCGUCUCGCAACCCUCUUUAGGAGAGGCCUCGAAUGAAGUUAAAUUAUCUAGGCGAUCAUCGAACCCGGAAAAUCCAGGUUUAGAUCUGGGUGUUGGCGCUUUGAGAAGUCUUAUUGGAGUUGCGAAGGGUCUCCAGGCUCCUGACGACACGCCCGUGGACCUCGAAGAUAGUGGUAAUGGAUCAACGUUCUGGACGGAGGGUAACGGAUCACAAAUCCAAAGACGCACAUUCGAUAUGAUUAGUAGGGUCAAUGACGUGCUUGGAGGCUAUGGUGAUAUCGUUGAGACAACUUGUGAAAUAUGGCGACAAGGGUUUCGAGAGCUCGAACCUGGAGCCUUUGUAUUUCCUCCAGCUUUGAUCGCUGAGUUCAUAUUGAAAGCCAAUGUUCAGACCCCUCGACUAGGACGGGUAAUAGGCACUGCAUGCUUAUUUGUUACAUCAUACAAUUUGAGUCCACAACUUGAAGUGGUGUUGAAUGCCUUGAUCAAUUGGGUGUCGCAGCUACUCCAACAGCAAGGAGGUAUAUAAUAUGAUUCUUCCUUGUCGCUCUACAAACUAAUAUUCUACAGAGCCAGGAAAUGACCCCGAAAUUGCACAAAAUGGAAUCGAUUUUCUCACACGUUUGGUACCCAAGCAUCUGAAUACGUUAAUGAAUCAUCAACCGCCUACCUCCCUGGAAUUUCUCUUUAUGUUCACCUUGAAAGCCCUCACUGGAAGCGACACAGUACCCAAAGGCUCCGCGGCCGAAUUCUGGGUAUGUAUUUGUUAUCCUAUGUCUUAAGAUUCUAACAGUCUUAGGCCUCUUUCGUGACCGGACCCGAGCUGGAACAAGAAUCCAAAGCAUCCGCGGACAAUGUUAUGCAGCAUCUUGGUCCUAUGCUCGCUCAAGCUCUGAUAUACAAUAUUUCGGGACACGCUGCACGCAGCGAACUCGACAAACUUGCUGACCCCCUCAAGAAGCUGAUUUUCCGACAAAGCCAGGCGAAGAAGUGGUUUGAAGCUGCGCUCAUGGCGGAGAAUUUCUCCAGUGAUAAGGUUACUGUGAAUGAUAAGAAAGUGUUUCUACAGAAGAUUUUGAAGUAUGCUGUCCCCUUCUUUUCCUCUUCUGGCGAGACGCUAAUAUUUUGUAGUCUGCGUGGUGCUAGGGGGACGAAUCUUGUGGUUCGAGAUUUCUGGUUGGCUUGUAGGGGAACGAAUUUUGCGUAUACCUCGUGAGGAAGGGAUGGGGAUGGUAUUUUUUCGAGGGAUGGUUGGGGUUGAGUUUGGAGUAAUGUGUUCUAGGAAAGCUAUGAAGUACGAAUUUGGUGAUUGAGGAAGUUUUGAGUGCGACGAGAUUGGUUGUGGUUGCUGAAGAUUCCCCAUGGUUGAGGAUUAAGCAGAGAAGUACUUAGUGAGGGAAGUAAAUAUGAAAUAUGUCUUCUCUAUAGUGGUACUAUGGGC